AUGGGAUCGCAGACCGGGGCAGCUGCGCGGAGACAGGCGCUCCUGUGGCUCAUUGUAGUGUCUCAGUGUGUGUUGGCACUGGGGUGUGGACCCCACUAUGAAUUCGCCAUUGAGGAGUUCUGCCUCGCCAAAUUCAGACUGGACAUGCAAGAGCUGGACCAGAGACACUGGUGUAGCUGGGAGGACACAGUCGAACUCUACGGCGAGCUGACCAACUGCACGUCCCUGGUGGCGCAUAAGAUGGACUGCUUCUGGCCCAACAGGCUGGUGGAUGAGUUCUUCAUCCGAGUCCACAAGCACUACUUCCACAACUGCUCGCUGUCUGGACGGCAACUGAAGGACCCACCCAAUCGCAUCCUGGGUCCUUUCAUUGUGGUGCCCAUCCUGGUCACCCUCCUCAUGACUGCCCUGGUGGUGUGGAGGAGCAAGCGCAGCGAGGGCAUUGUAUAG